AAGUUUUUCGUUGUUACUCGUCGCUACUAUUAUUGUCCGAUUACUGUCGUCCCGUCGCUCCUUCGGAAUUCUCUCUCUCUCUCUCUCUCUCUCUCCUUUUUCUACGCGCCAUCGCUUGAUUCAGUCGUCGUGACUGGCAUCAGCAAUGUUCUCACUCCAUUCCGUUAACCAUCUGCAUCCGGUGCGACGCAACGGUCGCACAAUCGGCGAUCGUCGCCGAUCGCGAGUGUAAUACCUCGAAUUUUUUCGAAUGCGAAAGUUACGAUAUUGUGUGUGCACACGUGGCGCGGGAACGUUUCACGUUUGCAGAGUGGAAGAGCAGCAUCCAGCCGCAGAGGCAGCCGAUAUGGAUUCCCACGUCGGUCUCGACUACAUCGUGGAUAAUCCCGAUUAUUGCGUCAAGCUUGCCUCAGCAUUGGAGACGGCGUGCCCAUCCGUGAAGAAGCAAGUCGUGGAGUUGCUGUCGGCGCUGUGCGUCUACAGCCAAGACGGCAGGCAAAGAGCCAUCGAUACUCUUCACACGUAUCAGGAGCGGAAGAGCGAGCGUUAUCGAUUGCGAGUCGUGGUCGACGAGUUACAGAAAGCGACGGUCGAGGAUUAUCAAACGGCACUGCUGGCGUUUAUAAAUUGUUUGGUCAUCUCGACGCCGGUGCUCAAGGACCGUAUACGUAUUCGCAACGAGUUCAUCGGACUUAAACUCCUGCCGAUCCUGAACGAGCUGCGGAAAAAUCAUGCGCCAGAUGUGAGAGUACAGCUAGACGCCUUUGACGAUCAACGGGAAACCGACGAGGAGCUCACGAACCACGGACCGCCCGGGAUCGAUCUCUCUUCUCACGUGGACGUCUUUUACGCUAUUCUUGGCCAAGUCGCAGACACUCCGCAGGAGAUACCCUUUCUGAGUGUCUUGCAGCAUCUGCUGCGGUUGGACCCGAAGGAUGCUGCCAGCGAUUUAGCAUGGGACACUGCGGAGACCUUGGUGCAUCGAGCCACAUUACUGGAGAGUCGCGAGGAUGCCACCAAAUUAUUGAGGUCGCCUAGUCUACAAACAAAUCUAUGCUGCCAUUGUCGCGGUGUCGAUCAGACGUGCGGAACGUCGCGAAAAGCAUCGCUGCCGACGAGCAACAGUUCAACGGCACCCUUACCGCCACCGCCGCCACCAGCAGUUCCGGUGACGCCAAGUCUGUCACCCCCGUCGAGCAGUAGCGGUUUUGUUUUACCGCCGCCACCUCCGCCACCGCUUUUCGCCAACGUCGUCACGUCUGAUGCACCGAUGGAGCCGCCGAUGCCGCCACCCCUACACGUGCCUUCCGUUGCACGCGCACCUACCCCCGAACCGCCCAGUAAUCACGUCAGACUGCUACCGCAACAAGAAAUUCCCACCCCUAGAACAAAGAUGAAAACCAUCAACUGGAACAAGAUACCUAAUCAUAAGGUGAUUGGCAAACGGAACAUCUGGUCCCUCGUCGCGAACGAGCAUCAAAAUUCCCCGAUGGCGGAUCUAGAUUGGGCCGAGAUGGAGGGCUUGUUCUGUCAACAGGUGCCGCCGAUGGUACCACCGGCGACUUACUCGAUUUCGUGCGGUACCGGCGCCGACACCGAACGACGUCGUCGAGAACCGACGGAGAUCGCGUUACUCGAUGGGAAGAGGAGCCUGAACGUUAAUAUUUUCUUGAAGCAAUUUCGAAGUUCAAACGAGGACAUAAUCCAAUUGAUCAAGGAGGGCGGACACGAUGAUAUUGGCGCGGAGAAAUUGCGUGGUCUGCUAAAAAUAUUGCCGGAAGUGGACGAGCUCGAGAUGCUCAAGAACUUCGAUGGCGACAAGUCGAAGCUCGGUAACGCUGAGAAGUUCUUUCUGCAGCUUAUCCAAGUGCCAAAUUAUAAGUUACGCAUCGAGUGCAUGCUACUGAAGGAAGAAUUUGCCGCGAAUAUGAGCUACUUGGAACCGAGCAUCAAUUCAAUGAUACUUGCUGGGGAGGAUCUUAUGACGAAUAAGCCUCUGCAAGAGGUGCUGUACAUGGUUUUGGUAGCUGGUAACUUUCUCAACUCAGGUGGCUAUGCUGGCAAUGCAGCGGGCGUGAAGCUUUCCUCGUUGCAAAAGCUAACAGAAAUUCGCGCGAACAAGCCAGGAAUGAAUCUGAUACACUACGUAGCAUUGCAAGCCGAGAGAAAACGAAAGGAUUUGCUAAGUUUUGCGAAAGAUAUGACUGCCUUAGAAGCAGCAACAAAAACAACGAUCGAACAAUUGACCAAUGAAUUUAAUAGUUUGGACACAAAAAUUAAAAAAAUCAAAAAUCAGAUCCAACUUUCUUCGACCGAAAACGAAAUACAGAAACAAAUGGCACAGUUUCUUCAGAUGGCCGAGCGAGAAAUGGAUCAAUUAAAAAGGGAUAUGGAAGAGCUUGAGGGAGUGAGACGAUCGAUCGCGGAAUUUUUUUGCGAGGAUACAAACACAUUCAAAAUCGAAGAGUGCUUCAAGAUAUUCCAUCAGUUUUAUCAAAAAUUCAACCAGGCGGUAGCGGAGAACGAAAGACGUCGCAUUCAGGAGGAGCAGAUCUUGGCGCGUCGUAAACAGCGCGAGGAACAAUUACUGGCGAGAAAACGAUUGCUAAGCAAUCAAGCGGAAACUCCCGGCUCGGAAUCCGAAUCUAACUUGAUGGACUAUGGGCUCUUUGAACCUGCCUUAUCUCAGAGAAAUUAUAAUCGUGGUGAGGCCAAGAUAAGAAGGUUGCAAAAUGGCGGUGUUACGUCGGACGAAGACAUCUCCGUCAUUGGAUCACCGAGCAUCCGACGUCGUUUGGGAUCAUGUUCCGGCGGUCCUGAUCAACAGUCUACCAAAGAAGAUACCUACUCACCAGAUAUCACGCCUAACGGUACGCUUCGUCGGCGCAGAAGUAGAAUACCCUGCGAGGAUGAUGAUGGAAAUUUGAUGGAUUUUUUACGAACGUCCGGACAAGAUAAUACUCGGGAAAGAAAAUCAUGGGGAAGUUUAGAUCGAUCAUGGGCACGAAGAGCACGUGGACAAUCGCGAAGAGGAGAUUUGCUAAAUGCUGAUUUUUCGGGAGAUCGAGAACGACCGAGCUCGCCAUCUCCUCUCGCGGAAAAUAAAUCAUUUCUGCAAGAGGAGGAAGCAAAGCCAACCGGGAAAGCCUGGCGACAAAAAAUCGAAGCUUGGCUAUCGGAAAAUGAGAAGGAGGAUCGUGCGGGUGAGCAACUUCAGAGAAGAGCGAAGCAAUUGCAUCAAGCGAACCGACGGUCCUUCGAAGAUUCGGAAAGCGAAGGCAAAAGUCCGAUGAACACUUUGACGGAAGACCGAACUAUGCUCGAAAGAGGAUUUUCCGAAGUUUAUGACUGGCGACCGUCCGUCGAGAAAACGGACGUGAUGCGCACGAUGGAGGCCAUUGAAGAAGCUCAACCGCUAUCGUCUCAAGACAAGUCACCCUGGCGAAAAUCGAGCUUGAACGUACCAAAUAGUACGGAAGAGGCUGAUCCGCGUUAUUCCCGUAGAUUUAGAUCGAGACACAGUGCUGAGAAUGCCCUUAUGCCGAGCACUCUGCAGGCGAUCAGAGAAGAGGACAGAAGGAAGAACAAGGUCAAUGACGCGAUAAAUUUAGAUACGCAGAACGAGUUAACGAUUUAUCUGAGGCAGCCGUACACCGGAACGCAAGCACCUGCAACUCGGCGAUUCUCCAAGCUCGGCAGAAAGACUACCGACGAGGAAAGAGUCAGUGAUAAGAUUGAGAUCGAUUCGGACAACAUAGAGACACCACCGGCAACCAGACGGUUGUUCAGUCCGCCGAAGGAGGUGAAACCCGUCGAGAAGGAACCCUGCAAAAGAGAACGUUGCAACAGUUCCCUCCAGAGUCGAGAAAUAAAGACUGCGAUAUUGAAACCGAUUAGCCCCACGGAUCUUGGCACUGGUAACUUUGAUAGGUACUCCGCGACGCGACGAACUCGCAGGUACAAGAAAAAUCAAGAUCCCACUGGAGAUAAAGACAAAUCGGACGUGUUGAAUCUCGAAUUGGUCGACGAAAAAUUGACCGCGGCGCAACGGCCUAAUACUCUCGCUCUAGCUGAUGAAGAAAUUCAUAAGGAGGACACGGAUAUCAUGCUGCGCGUCUGGCAGGAUAAGCUAAAGCAGCGUGACAUUGAUGCCGCCUCGUCGCCGUUGUCGCGCGACAUUGAUGCCGCGCUAGCGGAGAUUGCGCGUUCCGGCGAAGACCUCCAGCGUCUAUCACGUUCGGCAUCGACGACAUCGACAUCGGCAACAAUAACGGGCCACAGAAACUCGCGACUUCCGGUCAGCCAACCACCGCCAGUGGUGGCGGUGACCAACACUGUGUUGAGUCCGGUGAUGCAGGAAUCGCGGCCGCGCGAGCCUGUUACGGUGCUCGCCGAACGUGCAGUGACGAGCCGUGAGCGUCAUCGGAGUAUGAUCGAUCCAAGUCAAGUGAAGGAAGCGGUUCGUUUGACCAGUAACCCACCUAGUCAAGUGAAUCAAGAUCAGGAAAUUAUUAACAGCUUUUCACGAAAUGGAAAUUCGCCACGCGAUCAGAAGAGCGAGCAGAAUGACGCGCCGAAGAUCGUAGAGGAACAAGAAGAGAAGCGCACGGAUCUCCUCGAGAAGGAUAUCCGAUCCGCGGAUGAUCCACGCGAUCGGUCGACGACUCGGCAGAACUCUAUGUUCCGCAGCCGAUUUAUCCCCGAUAUAAGUGUGACAUCGCCGCCGCCGCCGCCGCCGCCGUCGUCCGGCAAGAGCAAAGAUCAGGAAUUGAACGACGAGGGCUUCGAAGAGACGCAGAGCCUCGUAUCGGAGACCUUGAGUCAGGAGACGUCCUCAGGCAAUUACGAGACGGACACGCAUGACUCAACGCGAUGCUCGCCGGCGGAAUUAAGCGGUUACGGGGGCGAACAGCGUCGACGUAGCGCCAUUACGAUGAUGGUCAAUGACGACCUGGAUGGUCGAAGAGCAUCCGUCAACAAAUUGCCGACUUCUAACAAGGCGUUCGACAAGAAGACAACUGCGAGGAACGCAUCGGAGAAAUCCAGCUUCUUGCCGAAGCGCACCGCGGAUACAAAACGCGAGUCGAUCGCAUUGAGGAAGACUGAUUCUUUGAAAAGAACUUCAAACGUUGUUCCAUUAAGCGAUACGGGAACGCCGAGAGGUGAAGUGCAACGUUCCGGUUCCAGAAGUAGCUUGCGUAGCUCACGGAGCUCGCUGAAUAGCGCAACGUCCGUCAACACUGUGCGAAAUCUGACCACGAAUCACGCGCAUCUGCGGAGCUACACCUCAGCCAUCCGAGCGCUGACCAACGAUCUAAGGAAGAGCAGUCCAUCGAACAGUCCACUGCCACCGAAAGACGGAAUCGACAAAAGACGAUCGAGUCCUCGUCAAAUUACCGUCAGUAGGAUACCCGCCAGUAGAAGUAGCAGCAGCGGCAGUAGCGUUGGACCGGCAGUGAGGGGCGUUAGGAAAGCACCUGAGAUGGUGCCUGGGAUGCCAAAGGUGAUAAGAGGCCGGCCGAUCAUCUCGCGUAGCAGUAGCAGCGGAAACGGCAUCGGUCGACAAUCAAUCUUAGGAAGUCGACCUCUUUCCGGUGAUAAGACGUCUGCAACGAAGAGUCGAUUGAUGCAGCCGCGAGUCAGCUCGAAGAGUCACAGCUUUAUGAGGCCUACAGCCGCCAGUGUUAACAAAGGUUCCACACCAAACUUGCCGAAGAGCAUCAAAGUUAUGGUCAAGUGAUAACGCUUAUUGAUGAAAGAAAAGAAUUAUAUCCAUCGUCAAAAAUUUUAACUCGAGGAAGAUUCACAUACAUUUAACAAAUUUAGACUUAACAAGUAGUUAAUGUUACGCAAAAUCAACCGAAUCUGGGGUCCGAUAGUUAAUGUUAAACUAUAAGGACAACGAUUUCAAUGGAUAGUUUGAGAGUGUUGAUAAUCGUUUUAUCGUAAAAUAGAUCUGCAAAAUCGGAUAAUAAAAAUUCUCGUUUGCUACAUCCGCUCACAAUUGUUAAACCAAAACAAGUAAGACUUAUCGUGUCUAGCCAUUAUCACGCCAAACAACGCGAGUGCCCGGAUAAGAGUGAAUAAUCAUAUAUAUUUCUAGUUUUAUCGCGCGCGACGCCCACGUUAGAUGAUUAAGGAAACUUUAAGGGGAACGCCCCGAUUUUUCUAUCUGGCGCCAAAUUGUGAGGGAGCUUUCCUUUCAAUAACCUAGAAAAAACAUAUUUAUAUGAAGUAUAUGUAACAUACUCGAAUAAUGUGCAUGUACGAAAUAUAUUAUAUAAUUCUUACCGUUAACAAAGAUAAAUAUAUUGUAGAAUAUAUGUCCGACAAAUAAAUUAACAUAUUACAUGGCAAUGCAAUUCGAAAUACGAUAAAGAAAAACUGCGCGACAUUAUUAAAUAACUUACAAUUAACUAUACAUACAUUUACGAAAAAGAACAAAAAUAAAGUUUACUGAAUAAUUGCAAACACAAGUAAUCCGCAUAUUGCACUAUUUUAUAUAUAUACGUAUAUAUGUACUUACUUUAUGCACCAUAUUCAACAAGAAAUAUCUACAUACUUUAUGUACAAAAAUAUAAAUCAACGAUCUAUUUUCAAAUUGCAUCAAAAAACCUGCGUUUUUGACAGAGAUAUUUAAUGAGAUCACUCUCAUAAUAUAAUUCGGCACCGGCGCUUUCUAAAAAGCGUAAUAAUUCGAAAAAACUGACCUUUUUUUCGAUUGUCAACGCGUUACGUUGCGCAUAAAUCUUUUGUACGAUAUGUAAAUAUAACAUUCAGCUACGGCUAGUCAACCGGUGCGCGUAAUCGACAAGCAGUAGCAGGAUCGUCUUAUCUUCACCGUAAACGAAAUCUGCCGCUUAGAAAUAAAUAACUAUAAAUUAUAAUUAAGCUUGCUACUUUCUACAUGACUGACAAAUAUAAUUACCGCGUAUGAAUGGUAGUAGUGAUUUUAUCGUGAUUGUGACGCGAAUUAUAACCACCCCGAUUGUUGGUCUCGAUAGCUAUACAGAACGACAUAGUUUGAAAAACAAAAUUCAAAUCGUUAAUAAAUUAUCAAAUACAUCGACAUUA